AGAAUUGCGGAGGGGUCCGACAUCCCUGCAUUUCUGAACCAAGCUGGGUUGUGAUCACGCUCGUAAAUGAAGCUGGAUGAGGAUUUGUCAGGGAUCUUUUCUUUUCUCUCUCUCCUCCUCCGACUCUCUCCUAGUUCCUCCAGCAUCAUAGUGGUGAGCGAUGCACAUUGCAGACUUGUGUUGAUUUUCAAAGGGAAAACCAGGAUCAAAGUUCGCUGACAUGCUGCGACAAUCAGGCGUGCUGCCUGAAGUCAGGGGGGGGGUUGUCCGCCUGCCUUCUGCACGUUGAGGAAUGAAGCACCUGGGAACUUUUUUGGGCUUUGGAAGACUCGUACCUCUGUGAUUGUGUGCGUCUGGGAAGGCUUGGUGGCAAGACGAGACCAAUCAUUUGCCUUGAUUCCAUGGGCUGAGAGCAGGCAAACUGUCGGGGAUGGGACGAGCAAACCCCGCCAUCAAGACCUGAUCUAUUUCCACAAACAAUGUAGUUUAUUCAUGAGGUUACGCAAAUGUGGAGGCAGCAAAAUUACCGUAAUCAGCAGAAACAGCGAGUGCGCAUCCAUGGCUAUGAUUAUUUGGAGAUCAUCUAUCAGCCCAAUGUCUAUGUAACGAGGAAAGGGGGGCAUUGAAUUACUGUUAAGUUUCACUGAGAAGUCCAUGAUCAUUGGGCUAGGGAACUUGAUCAUUGGCAAUAAGGCUCUUCGGUCGGGUGACAAAUUAUUUCACCUGACAUUAGGUAUCUGACUCUGGCUGCUUCAAAGCUGCUGUUUGAAACUAAAACUUACGCUGAUCCUCGCCGCCGCGUCCUCUCUGGGCUCUUUUUUUCACCUGACAAAAGGAAAAUCUGAGGCGGCGGAGCUGCAGAUCUAAGAGGAUAAAGUGAGCAUGGAGGCCAGGUACAGCCAAGACACAGAGGCGAUGGUGCUGAAGAACGGAAUAAAAGACGGGAGGGACGGCAAAGAUUCCCAGAGCAGCUUGUCCAAAAGCUUCCUGAAGGAACAGCACGACUCCUUUUCCUCCUCUGGGACCAUCGACAACUGCGAGAAGAGCAGGGGGAAUGCAGGGGACCCCGACUACUGCCGGAGAAUCCUGGUCCGAGAUGCUAAAGGUUCGAUCAGAGAGAUCAUUUUGCCGAAGGGGCUGGAUCUGGACCGACCAAAACGAACCCGGACCUCGUUCACCGCUGAGCAGCUCUACCGUCUGGAGAUGGAGUUCCAGAGGUGCCAGUAUGUGGUGGGGAGGGAACGGACCGAGCUGGCCCGUCAGCUCAAUCUGUCUGAAACUCAGGUGAAAGUGUGGUUUCAGAACCGCCGGACCAAGCAGAAGAAGGACCAGGGGAAGGACUCUGAGCUGCGUUCUGUGGUCUCAGAAACAGCAGCCACCUGUAGCGUCCUGAGACUUCUGGAGCAGGGCCGGCUGCUGACUCCUCCGGGCCUGCCGGGCCUCCUGCCCCACUGCGGUGGUGGCACUCUGGGCACCACCCUGCGCCCCCCCUCCAUCGCCAUGGCCAGCAAUAGCAGCAGUGGGGGCAGUAGCGGAGCAGCGGGCGGCAGCCCUCCUCUACCCAGUGUCACCAGCUCAGGGACAGUGGUCGGUCUGCAGAGCUCUGCAGCCUCUCACGGCCUGUUCAGCUUCCCCAUGCCGUCCAUUCUCAGUGGUGUUGCCUCCCGUAUUUCCUCCAACCCCCUCUCCAUGGCUGGCUCGCUGGCCGGAAACCUGCAGGAACUUUCUGCUCGUUACCUGAGCUCCUCUGCCUUCGAGCCUUACUCACGGACCAACGGUAAAGAAUCCAUGGACAAGAAAAUUCUGGAGUGAUUGUUUGUGGAUUGUGGAUUCCUGUUGCCUCUGGAUGCAUUUGGGUUGUUUUCUCGGUUGAUCUUGUCUUUAGUUUUGCCUGUGUCUGUCAUCCGUCGUGUCAUGUUCUGUAACAGCUUUCACAUUCCUGCACAUCUGGCGCCUUUACGUGAAGAAAACAAAGGUCUGCACAAUCUCAACUGCAAAUAAAGAGGGGUGGAAGAUUUUUGCACAAAAUGAUCACACAGGACUUUUCUUACGAAGAAUCAGAAACAUGACCAGAGGUUUACAGAUCUGUCAGAGUUUGUGUUAAUGAUGUCCCUAAAGUCCAGCUGCUAGAAGACAAAGAAGCUCCCGCGCUGCAGAAGCAGCGCCUCACGGUGUGCAGCAGGAAGUCCGAGUCUGGUCACAUGAUGGUUCCUCUCUGAAACGUGUUUAUCUGUUGAUAGAAACUUUAGAUGUGGAACACGAGGUUCCACCUGAGCAACCCGAAGGAUCCCAGUCAGCUAAGCUCAGUUUAAAGCGUAGAACGCAGCGCCGUGAUGAAUGAAGCAGGGAGGAGACGUGCUUCUGUGUGAAGGUCGCUGCAAGGUCAGCGUCAGAUGAAAAUGCUUUUGAUGUGGAAAAGCAAUUAGCAUCAGCAGACGCGUCGCCGCAGCUCGGCUUACAAACCGCUCUUUUGUAAAUCCGUGUCAGUCGGACCGAACCAAACGUGUUGUCGCUCAGUAUGAUAGUUGAAUUGUUCGGUGUUGUUUUCUCUCCGGUUUGGUGAAGAGUUUGACAUUUCACAGAGUUUUUUACCUUGUGGUAUUUUUGUCUCCCGAGAUGCAGCUCCUGAUGUUUUAAUUUCGUUUGUUUCCAUCCUCCUUUUGUCUGUGCUUUAAAAAAACACUGUGACUUCUCCGGUUUUGGUGUACAGUUUCUUUUCUGUGUCGACGCCACAAAUGAGUUGCUAAGAGACAACAGAAAAAAAACACUUUCCAGCAUUAGUAAGUAACUUAAUUGGAUAAACACUUUGAAGGAACAGGGAUUUUAAUCACUGAGACAAUAUAAUUACCUUUCUUUGAAAAAAAAGUCCAAACCUGCAGCCUUCACGACAGAUUUAGGCAAACGAGGAGGAUGAAUGAAUGAAUGUCGUAUAAAAUACUGAAUUGUACCUUAAAGUUGUUAUUUUAUUGUAAAUUAUUUGCCUCUGUAAUUAAUAGAUUAUUAGUAUAUUUGGAAACUGGUGAAUGAAUGAAUGAACGAAUGAAUGAAUGAAUGACUGAAUGAAUUAGUGGGGUUGAGGAAUCAAUCUUGAGCUCUUUGGUGCUUUUGUCGUGAAAUAUCUUGAAGUUUGUGAAACGUUUGGUGCAAAUGUGCAUAUAUAUGAUGUUUAUGGCUACAGACAAAGACCGCUGUGUUUUUCAUUUUCCUUUCCUACGUGUUGCUCCAAUGAACUUAUGAUAAAUUUUAUGACUGUUAUACCUCCUAUAAACCAGCCUGGUAUGUGAGUCCAGUGAUGCCGGACGGACCUGCAGAAGUGAUUAACGAGCUCAGAGGAAGAACCAGCAGACAUUAUAAAGACAUCAGUCACAAACAGAUGUUCUGGAUGGACAGAUGUUGGAGUUUCCAACAUUUAAAAUCAAGCAAAGCUGCCAAAAUAAGUCAAAAAGUUCAAACAUUUCAUUUAAACACCUGCAGGAAACUCGUGCAUUAAAGAGUGAGCUCAGUUCCAUGCAACCGUGCACGCCGUGAAAGAAGUGCACGUUUACUGACCAGUUGGAGAACUCACUUGUUUUAGAUGAAGUGGGACAAGAACGACCGUCCCUCCAUCCAUUCAUGUCUUCAACUGGUUUUUACGGCUCAGAGGUCACCACACAAAACCUGG